AUGGAGAAGUAUAAGGAUCGCACGAGUUCUAUGCAUUUGUUCUUGAAGAUCAUGAGAGUCUUUGGUGUGUGGCCCUGGUCACCAGCAACCAAGGAUGAGUUACCAAUUCUUGUUUUCAUCAAGGAAAUCUAUCGCUAUCUGCUGCACUUGCCGUUCACCUUUAUCUUCAUUGGAUUGAUGUGGAUGGAGGCAUUCGUUUCGACCAACUUGGAGCAAGCUGGGCAGGUGUUGUACAUGUCCAUCACUGAAUUGGCUCUCAUUGUAAAAAUCCUGAACCUCUGGUAUCGAAGAACGGCAGCCUGGCAAUUGAUGCAUCAUCUUCAAAAUGCACCUGAAUAUGAAUUCCGAUCUCAGGAUGAAAUACGAUUCUGGCGAGGGGAGCAGCAAAGCUUCAAGUGGUUCUUCUGUUUGUACGGUCUUGUCGCUCUGUGUGUGGUAUACAGCGGCUGCAUUGGAGUCCUGUUCCUCAAGGAAUAUGUGCUUCCCUUUGCCUACUUUGUUCCCUUUCAGUGGCAGAACGAAAAAGGAUAUUGGUAUGCUUAUGGCUUUAGUGUGGCCGGGAUGACAGUAACCUGCAUCUCGGAUGUGACUCUGGACAUUAUCGGAUGCUACUUUAUGUUUCACGUAUCACUGCUCUAUCAACUGCUGGGCAUGCGACUUAGAUCCUUGGGGAAUGUGGACAAUGAGUUGGAAUUUGAGCAGCAGCUCCGCCUGAUUUUUAAAAUGCAUAAUCACAUACGCAGAAUAACGGUGGAGUGUGAAACCCUCGUAUCGCCCCACGUUCUCUCCCAAAUUAUACUCAGUGCUUUCAUACUCUGCUUCAGCGGCUAUCGUCUGCAACAUGUUGGAGUUCGUGCCAAUCCUGGCCAAUUUAUAUCUAUGCUACAGUUUGUCAGUGUCAUGAUCUUACAGAUAUUCUUGCCUUGCUAUUAUGGCAACCAGAUCACAUUCCAUGCCAAUCAGUUAACAAACGAGGUCUACAACACCAAUUGGCUGCAGUGCACUCCUCACCUCCGAAAACUCCUUAAUAUCUACAUGGAACACCUGAAACGCCCUGUGAUAAUUCGUGCUGGUUACUUCUUUGAUGUGGGACUUCCGAUUUUUGUCAAGACCAUCAAUAAUUCAUAUAGUUUUUUGGCACUGCUGCUGAAUGCAUCGAAAUGA